CUGUUACAUGCCGCAUGUAGCCUGUGUGCACUCGGAUUGCAAGUGUCAUAAUAAGCUAGGACAUGACACGGAGGACACACUAAAGAGUUUGUCACAAUGGAUAAUAAUGUUUUAUCGGAUAUGCCAGAUCUGUUAGAAUGACAAGCUAACAAAGGAAGGAUAGUCCUAUUAAGAACUGUGAUCUGUUUUUCUUUGGAUCGAUAGAUAGAGGUAGUUGAUUUGAAUCUGAUCUGAGGACAUCUUCUUUGGGAAUACUUUAGAAACAUUCGUUAUUCGUUUUAAUUGAUUUAUCUCGGAGGAAUACUUGAAAACAGAGACACGUUACUUUUAUCUGGACCAGAGUAUUUACCCUGAAUUUCUGCAUAUCUUUUUUGAUUUAUUUUCUGUGGAUACAUUGGUUGUUUUAUGUGUGGACAGCUUGGCAGAUCAGUUUCUUGUUUUUGAGGAGUUGAAAUUGACUAGACAUACUUUUAUGAUUCGUUUAGCGUAGGAUUCUUGUUUGAAACGCUGUGAUAAAAGUUAAAUCCGAAACAUUUCGCUUCGUGUGUGUUCCUAUUUCCUAAAUUCUGAUGAUGGACCCUUUCCCGACCCUCUAAAGCAGAGGGUUGACGAUAUGAUGAUGAACAUUUCUGAAGCAAGUCGGGGUUCGAUUUCUUUUUUCUUAUCACGGGAAUAACUGACGUGAAUAACCAUGGAUAAGGUUUACAGGAAAUACAAGGAGCAGGAGCAAGGGACGAACCCCCAACGUCUGAUGGAGGAGCUGGGCUUGGAUAAUACCGAGGGUGACACCCUCGGUAUGGGGGUCAUCCGCAAGGAAGCUGACCUCUCAAAUGAGGAGAAACAGUACCUGCUUGCCGUGGAGAGAGGAGACAUGGCAAAGGCAAGAAACUUUCUGGACGAGGCACAGAUAUAUUUCAAUAUCAACAUCAACUGUGUGGAUCCCCUUGGGCGCACGGCGCUUCUCAUCGCUAUUGAGAAUGAGAACAUUGAAAUGAUCCACCUUCUGCUGGGGUAUAACGUGGAAUUAGGGGACGCCAUCUUGCACGCAAUUAGUGAAGAGAACGUGGAGGCUGUGGAGAUGCUUUUGCUGCAUCAGUCGAUGAACGCCAAGAAGGAUUUAUCGUUGCCUGCUUCCUUAAAACCUAAGGGACCAAAGCCGGGCCAAGGCACCAGUGACGAGGGUUACCUUGGUGGAGUACCAUCGACCUCAUUCACCCCUGACAUCACGCCAAUCAUUCUCGCUGCUCACAAGGACAACUACGAAAUCAUAAAAAUCCUGCUCGAUCGCGGUGACAAAAUCCCAAAACCGCACGACGUACGGUGCAGCUGCAAGGAUUGUGUUGCAGCUAGUAACGAUGACAGCUUGUGCCAUUCUCGCUCGCGGAUUAACGCAUAUCGUGCUUUAGCGUCUCCGUCUCUCAUCGCUCUGUCCAGCAAAGAUCCGAUCCUUACGGCAUUUGAACUGUGUUGGGAACUCAAACGCCUGAGUCGCCUCGAGAAUGAGUUCAAAGAGGAGUACGAAGGCUUAGCUGUUCAGUGUCAGGAUUUCGCUACAUCUUUGUUAGAACAAACACGUGGGUCAAAAGAACUUCAGACCAUCCUGAAUCAUGAUACGGACGGGCCUGUUCAGGAACACGGCGAGCGCAUGCGACUCAGUCGGUUGAAAUUAGCCAUCAAGUACAAACAGAAACGGUUCACCUCUCAUCCACAUUGUCAACAACUUCUUGGCGGCCUUUGGUACGAAGGUCUGCCCGGAUUCCGACGACGCCACGUCAUCACCAAAUUCAUGAUCACCGCCAUCCUCGGGUUCUCGUUUCCCGCCAUGUCUGGCAUGUACCUAAUAGCACCAAAGACAAAAAUUGGUGGACUACUGAAGAAACCUUUUGUCAAAUUCAUCGCGCACAGUUCAAGCUACAUGUUGUUUUUGUUGUUGUUAAUCGCUGCCUCUCAGAAGGGAACUCUGUCAUUUCUAUUUGCAAAAAAUGUUCUCCCAAUAGAAAUACAAAACAACUCCAUGUACUCUGUUGACGAUAUACGAGGGGCAUUUCCUACAUACAUAGAAUGGCUGAUAGUAGCAUGGGUCGCAGGAUUUAUAUGGAUGGAAAUCAAACAAAUUUGGAACGACGGCAUAAAAAACUAUAUAGCAGAUAUGGUCAACCUUCUAGAUUUCAUUACCAAUUCACUGUACCUGGCCACCUUAGCGUUAAGGGUUGUUUCAUUUAUGGAGAUCAGAAACGACGAGAAAACAGAACAAGGGAAAUAUGCUGGAUUCCUUCACAGACGAAAUUGGGACACUUGGGAUCCACAUCUGAUUUCUGAGGGCCUCUUCGCUUGGGCGAACAUUUUCAGCUCAUUAAAACUAGUAUUCAUCUUCACCAUAAACCCACACCUCGGCCCGUUACAAAUCUCGCUCGGAAAAAUGACAUUGGAUGUGAUGAAGUUUGCUCUGUUUUAUUUUCUUGUGCUGUUUGCCUUCGCCUGUGGAAUGAAUCAAUUACUCUGGACAUACGCACAAAUGCGCUAUCAAAAUUGCAUGAAAAGCGCUAAUAAUUGCGAAUUCAAGGACAAGUAUUUUCUCAACAUAUUUGAAAUUAUACAAACGCUUUAUUGGGCAAUAUUCGGCCUUGUAGAGUUGGAGAGUUUAGAUCUAAAAGAGGCUCUUGGGCAUACAAAUGCAAACACUCAUGCAUUCACCGAGAUCAUGGGGAAACUCAUGUUCGGAGUUUACAGUGCUAUUGCUAUCAUAGUUUUGCUAAAUAUGCUCAUUGCCAUGAUGUCUAACUCAUACCAACAAAUUUCAGAAUAUGCAGAUCGUGAAUGGAAGUUUGCCCGCUCCAGGUUGUGGAUGGGGUACUUCGAGGAGGGGGGUACAUCACCAGUGCCUUUCAACAUCAUUCCCAGUCCGAAGACGUUUUAUUAUCUCAUGUGUUGGUUCAAGGAAAAAUUGUGUAGCUGCUCGCAGAGACAGAAGAGAAGCCGAUGGCAGUCCAUUAGGAGAAUAGUGAAGAAGGUCAAUGAGAGAGAGGCAAAAUAUCAGGCUGUCAUGAAAGAUCUGAUCAAACGUUACAUCAUGGCGAAGCAACGCAGAUCGGAGGACCAGGGCGUGACCGAAGAUGACUUGAACGAGAUCAAGCAAGACAUCUCGGCAUUCCGAUACGAACUGUUAGAAAUCCUCCGAAACAACGGAAUGAAAACGCCCCAAUACAGUACAAACAAACCCCUGAGCGGGAAGCUGAGGAGAAAACGUAGCACUAUGUCUUUCGACCGUCUGAAGCAAUCGCUGAGUUCGAUCACAACGAUAAUGGAGCAGGAGGGAGACCAGGACGUAGAGAGAAUAUCAGAUGCAAAGGCGGGUUUCUUGAAAGCCAAGAAUAAGCUGCCAACAACUGGAAGCAACGGCUCCAUAAAUGGCCGGAUCGGUGAAAAUGGUACCAUUACUGAGACUGUUGAUGAAACAUCUGGCAAUAGUGGGGAUAAUAAUUCUGGUGAGCUCAAUGAUAGUUUUGAUGAUGACGACUUUAAAGAGUCAACUAUCCGCCACUCAGCUAGUCUACCCCCAAAGGGUGGGUUUGUUUACCGUGAUAGCUUGCGUCGAAAACACGACCGUAAAUUUGACAAACCGCUAAAUGAGGACUUGCAUCGACGUCGGCAUUCAAUUGUCGAGGAGAAUUGCGAUGAGAUAAAAAGUGGUGAUAAGCCUGACGAAGGUUUGGGGUCGUCCUUGGAGCAAUCAGAAAAUAGCGACAAUGGUGAUAGAUCGCAGAAAAGGUUUGACAAUAUGGAGGACCCGUUGAUCGAGGCUGAAGAACGUCCAGCUGAGGAAAGUCCGUCAAAAGGAAGUCCGUCUUCAGGGGACGAGAUUCAACUCGACCCGACCAAACUGCCGAGUUGGCCGCCCAAGGAUCACAACGCCAGCGACAGUGGGAGUGAAAGUCCAUUCAAUAAGAAACCAGGGGCGAUCAAACGUGUUUCGUUCUUGUGGGGUGAAGAAAACAGUGGAGCGAGUGAGGAGGGGUCGGAAAAGUCAUAUGUGUAUGACGGCAAAGCAAAUGGCCAAGUUGAGCCCUCUGGUGAGAAGCGGGAGAAAAAGUUCACAAAGUGAUUUAAAGAAAGUGAUUUUUGAUUUGAUUAAAUAUUUGUCCUAAUUGUUGUCAUUUAUUUAUGGUGGUGCGACCCUGGUUUUAACACUUGAGAAACACUUCAUUUUCACCUUCUGCUCACUUUAGUGUUUGCUGAAUAUCAAGGUACUUUAUAACAUAAUCAAGUGAUUGUUAAUUAAUGAUAUUAAGUGUAUAUCAAUGUCAUUACAAAUCUCAAGUUGAAAGUUCUGCUGUUCAGAAAUGUUUCAGUUUUAGUUUGCCAGAAUAUAGAAAAUUUCCUAAACAUUAAGAGAACAUUAAAAUUGCUGAAGAAAGGUUGGCGCUAACUAUUUUGAGUUGUAGCUUUUGUAUCUGAAUUCUUCGUUUCUUCCCUAUUUUGUUGUAAAAAGUAGAGAGUAGUCUUGAUCAAUUGAAAAAAAGGAAAAUUUAGUAAAUUUGAAUUCUGUUUUUAGACCUGGUUAUUAUUUUGUCAAACUGAUUAUGAAACUACAAUAUCGGCAUUGAACUUCAAGUUACUGAAAUACAUCCUUAUAAUAUUGUACAUUUGAAUUAUAGAAGUUGUCUUAAAUCACAGAUGCACAGAUACCGUAAACCACACCAAAUAUGAUUGUGCAGCACAAAAAUAUACUGUACAUGUAUGCAAAUAUUUGUCAAGAGUCAAAACCAGGGUCGUAUUUAACCAAUUGCAUUUAAAUUUGUGUAAAAAAGUUGUGUCAUGUCCAAUUAGCAAGAAAUUCCAAAAUUUGAUUGUUUUAGAAUGUUUCAAAAUUGAGUACUCGCGCCCUUCAAAGACUGCAUGAGCAGUAGGAAAAUGACCUGACCCUAAGCUUUAUUUUGCCAAAUCUAAAAUCCUGCUAACCUGGAAAUUAACUUCUCAGCUCUUGAACCAUUUCUACACUGUUUAUUUUUUGGCAAUUUGAUGAACUUUUAUGCACAUUUUAGUUUCCUCAGUCUAAGAAGAGGUGGCUUGCAGACUUAUUUUAAAGAAUGAUGAACACAGCGCACAUAUGUAAUCUCUCAGAUGAUAAUGAAACUUGGCCACCAAUCUUAACGAUGUCCAACUCACUCGGAAAUACCAAUUACAUACUUAUUAUCGUGAAGUUUAUUUUAAGUUUUAGUUUCAUCGGAUUUUUUUAGUAGCAUUUAUUUUGUUGUCUGUGGGUCUCAAUGUUGUGACAGUUUUGGUCAGAUGGUAAAAUUUCCAACUUCAAGGUGAAGAAACAGUUCCCAAACAGACCGAGAAUGAUAUCUUAAUAUGCCUUCAAACUUUAUACUGAGCAUGAGCCCUGGUUAGUGCCUAGGGUAGGGGCCUGGGAAAGUGUGUGCAUCACAUCCCGAGGCAGACCAGCUUGGCAAGAUGGAAGGCCUGCCUGACUCACAGCAGGCUGGCGAAUUGAUUUGCCAGUGUGUAAUGAAAGUUAUUUGUUUGUUUGCUUGUUGGUGAGGUUUUAGAUGUAGGUACCUUCAAUACUCUCUCAGAUUGCUUAUUUCAUGUUUUCGCUCAUUGUUCUUGUGUUAUUAGGUGUUGGUACCUAUAAAAUACUCUCUGGAGACAAAUUCGGUUUUGUGGAGAAGUAUUAAAUGUAGAUUGCCCCAAAAAUGGAACUAGACCCAUAAAUAAUGAAUUUAUGUGAUGAUGCAAUAAGUUUAUAUGCAGUACCCCGGCCUAAAAUAAUGUUUUUGUUGUUGAGCACAAGUUUGUAUUUUUGGCAUAUUUGAUUCAAUUUGUAUUUCAACUGAGGGAUUACAUUUUGUGUGAUAUCGUUCACUCUAAAUUGAACCACAAUAUACACACAAAUAUUGUAGGGCGUGCAUGUAAAUUUCGGUUCAAGUUAGGAUGAAAAAUGCACUUUGAAAAUGUUAUGCAUAAUUUACCUACAAAUCGUGAUAUCUUAUAUUCAACGUUAAGUGUACAUAUUUUGAAUUUAAUUUAUGAUUAAUAAUUAUAUGUGGAUAUUUAAAUCACUUUUAAUUGAACGUUUGAACGUGUUGUAUGCUCAAAUGGAUAAGACAUGGUGGUUUAAGGACUUGCAUUUUUUGGCCGUGGUGUUCGCCAUAAUCUACACUAUUUAGACUUGUGGACAUCACUGAGGCCAAGCGAGGCCAAGUUUACAUCAGUGGGUUCCUUCACUUUUGUAAUGCUGAAGUCAGGUGAAAUCAAGUCCUAUGGUAAUACAUGAAUGAUGAUGGUGCAGUUUCCCAUUGGGUUACUGUCAUUGGAACAGAACUGUGAUAUGAUAAUGAAUAAUUUGAAUCAGAAUGGGUGAAUACAGCAGUUUGCUAGUGAAACGUUUUGUAGAAAGUGAUGACUUAAUCCCUUGAAGUGCUGAGGUCAUGGUUUACCAGUGAGGAAGAGACAGUAUUGAAAAUCAAAAAAAUUCAUCAAUUAUAAUAAGUUAUGAAAACAUUUGGCACUAAAUGGGUUUAUCAUUGAUCUAAUAGAAACACACUUGACUGUAAAUGCUGUACUCUCACUCUUAAUGUAAGAGCACUAAUUGGCUGUCAAUCUUAAUUAAUCAAAUGUCCAAUUGGAUUCAAUAAUACUAAUUGUAAUUAUGAUUAUAAAUGUAAAGUUGUUAUGUAGGAUAUCACAGAGUUUUCACGAGAUCUCUCAUAUUUUUGUACUUCUUCAAACUCUCCACAGAGGGCAGUGAAAAACAGUAUUUUCCUAUGGUUAGACGAUACUGCCAUCUAUUGGGUAAAUGUUUUGACUAUUUUCUAUUCCUCCUUGAUGUAGUAGAGCUCUUACCCUUUAAUUUCAUUCGGUUCAAAAUUACCCAAAAAUUUCAUUUUCUCACUUGCUAAGUAAACCAGAAUUCAGGAAGGCAUCACUUCAUGCUCUGUCUAAGAUAUACCUUAGUUUCACUGACCUAAGACUCCAUCAUUAAUUACUACAUGUACAAAAUUGUCAUGACCAUUUGACAAACGUGGUGUACGAUGCCAACCCAUUGUUUUUCCAAUUUGAACAUAUUGGAUGGCAUCGACCGACCUUGUGCAUCCAGCUUGACCUUGACGAGUCAGUGAAACUAGAGUAUUCAAAGAGGUUAAAGGGUUGUGAGUUUUACGUGAAUCAUCUGGCAUGUCAGUCUUUCUAAGCAAGCUAUUUGUAAGGUUCCCUGUACAGUUAUUUUAUCAGUUCAUUUUUGCAAGUUUAGGCUUUUUCUUGGAGGUUGAAUGGACAGAUUGUCAUAAUCUUAUCAUCAUCAUUUUCAUCAUUUUCAUCAGUUCAUCUUUACAUAAAGUUUGACCACUUUGUAACAUUUAUUUGGUGUCCUUCAUACAUUUCAUAUUUAUUUAUUUAUUUAUUCAUUCAUUUAUUCAUUUAUUUGAUCAGAUAUUAUUCAUUUAUCAUGCAAAAGCUUUAUUGAAAUCUCUGUAAAUUUUGUACAUAAAAGUCCUGUAAAUAUUAUAAUUAUUUUAAAUUACUUUUUCAACAUUCACCUGUACUUGACUCUUGUAAUAACUUGUGCUUUAGUUUCCCUCUCAAUUGUCUGUGUUAAUUGCACAUUUAGUUUUGUGUUAAUUUCACAUUUAGUUUUGUGUUAAUUUCACAUUUAGUUUUGUGUUAAUUUCACAUUUAGUUUUGUGUUUAUUUCACAGUUAAUUUCUUUGUUUCACAUUACACUCAUCAAAAUUUGUCCUUGUUUCACAUUAAGUUUCACUUGUCAGUCAUAAUUGUUUCUCAUUAUUUGUUUGAACUGGACUCAAAUUCUCCUCCCUGACCUUAGUACGUACUAUUAAAAGUGGGCGUAUCAUGUCCCAGAGAUUGUCGUCUGCUGUCCUAAAGAUCAAAAUGACUUAGAGCGCAUCUAACUAUUAAAAGAGCUAGUAAUCCAAAUUGUCCUGUCUGGGAUGUAUGCUUGUUUCACUCAGUUUGUGCAGCACUGUGGUUAUGGUUUUUCACAGGUUUUAUGUUAGUUUCACAAACUGGCCUAUCAUUUAUAGAAAAUAGAAAGUUGACUGGCUGCAAGCUUUGUUCCAUUCUGUUUGGGAAAGAGCAAACUACAUUCUAGUUACCCCUUAAUUGUAACAUUGUUGUCAAAUUGUAUCUAAUUUUGCCAGAAGCUGGUGGCGUCUGACUCUACCAUAGCAGUAUUAUUACCUGUACAGUAUAAUAUCAAAUGAUUUGUUGUGAUAUCAAAUAUUUUCACAAUUUUUGGAGAAAUUCUGAACGUUGUUUAGAUUUAAUAGAAUAAAGAAGAAUUGUUUCAAAAAGGCGUCUAGCUAAGAUUAUAUUUAGAAGAAACACGUCCUUCUUCCAAAAGGUAAAUAACAACAAAAUAUAGCAUCAGUGGUAUUUUUCGUUAGGUUAAUUAGGAUAAACAAAUAUAAUAAUUUAUGUAACUCAAAAGUUUUAAAGCCUAAAAUAUACAUGUUGUGACUUAAAUUAGCAUUUUUUUGCUCAACUAAAUUGAUGGCUUUUAAGCUUAGGGACAGAUAAACUUGUCCAAAUCGAGAUACCCAAUAUAUCUUUCAAUUGAUUUCAAAUUCAUUUGAGAAGUUGGAAAUUUAAGAAUUUUCACACAAUAUUUGUAGUCAUUCACAGAAAAUUGUGUGAUGUUAAAGUGGCUGUUAUGUAAAGUCCCCUACAAAUGUAGUCAUCAUCAUUUUAAAGGCCUGUGCUGUUCAUUUGUUUCUUAUAAUUCAUGUGAGAUUUUUCAAUUAUGAAAACACACAUUGAACAUGAAUUGUAAACCUUGCUGUCGUGUACACUGAUAUAAGUCCAUUUUAUAGGUAAAUUUUCAUCACUUUGGCAUUUCUGGUUACAGUACAUCCACAAUGUUUAUUUCCAUCUACUUGUGGCACAGACAAAAACAACAUCCGCAAAUGGCGUAUAGGCCCUUAAUAAUGGUUUUCUAUUUCCUGUGCCAACUGCCAUCUAUGUUUUGUUCUGUUUAUGUUUUGUCUUCGAUCAUUUGUUUGAAUGGCCAUGUCCUCUCCUGAGUGAUAAACCAAUAUACCACAACCAGCUUGCUAUGCACAAAUUAAAAAGUUAAAUUUCAUGUGGAUACUUUCCCUUUAAGGACAUGGGGCCUAACUUACUCAGUCAAUGUUGAUUACUCAAACCUCAAAUUACUCAAACUUUGUGCCUUCAUAUUUCUGUUUGUCAUGUUUUCCACCUGUUCCUGUUUGUUUUCUAUGACUUCAUGUUACUUUGUCCAGUUUUUUUUCAUCAAUUUCAUUUCAUUUUCUGUCAAUUUAAUGUUUCUCUGUCAGGGUUGAUGCCCUAAAUGGCUCAUCCUUAAUCUCACUCAUUUGAAACUGUAAAAUCAGACAGGAGAUAUCCUAACCUUUAGGUGGCUGCACGUGUAUUGUGAUGGAUUCAAUGUGGCAUGAUGGCUGCUGACUGAUUUUACAGUAUACAUGUGACUAUUCGUCAUAACAUUUUAUGUCAUUACCAUUGUGUCAUAACACCACUGUCAUUAAACCAUAAUAAAUCUGUCAAUUAAUGUGCCUAAUUAAUUUUAAGUUGAGACUUGAUGCUGAUUUAAAGGGACUGUAUAUUGAAUAUUUGAUAGCGAGUGAGGCAGUUUGUGGUGACAGCCUCCAAAUAAGUAAGAUUUUAGCCAGCACCUGGUCAAUCUUGAAACAUAGUGAUUGGUUUUCUGUAUAAAACAAUAGGAAAACGUUCCGUCAAAUGACCAUUUUUUUCCCUCCAUUUUGCCAGAACUGUACAAAAGGGAACAUGUUGUGCUGCAUUUUUCUAUCUUUUCUACACGACUAUACCAACAGUAUUGGCCACAUGAGGCACAUAGUUAUGUAUAAUCAUGAUAAUUUCAAUGAAUGUGUAAAACGAUCCACUCACAGGCAUUUGCCAACCAGUACAUACUAAAGAGCAGUAGGCCAACUGCUGUAAACUUGCUAAGGCCACACGUCACAAAUUGAAGGUGACAGUGAUCUGGAAUGUAACUCCUGACCAAUUUUACAGUUUUUGGAAAAUGAUCUGGACAAUGCCGAAUUCAGGUGAUGGUGUCAUAAAUUUGCCAAUUGUGAUGUGAUGCUGAUAAUGUUGUUGGAGGUGAAAUAUGAAGAUUUUCAUAGGCGACCUCAGAUCUGUCCAAAAGUUCUCUUUAACACACUAAAAUUGCUAAAGUUUCUGACACAUUCCCAGCUUCAUGAGCUUGGAUCUUUGAAUGCUAUCAAAUGAUACAAAGAAGCAUUUUCAGAAUGAAGUGUCAUGCUGCAGCACAGCAAGUGAGGUAACAUUUGGACACAACUGUGAUCUAUAAUGUGAAUCCAUAACUGUGAGUCUAUAAUGAGACAAGCCUUUAUGACAUCAUCACCAGUCUUUGGGUGCAUUUCCAGCACUGAAUAUAAUGUAUUUUGACUGUGUGGAAUAUGAAAUAAUUGUUGUUUAUUUCUAUAAGAGUGUAAAAUUGAAUGUACAUAAUUAUGCUUCACCAGUGUAAAAAAAGUCAUUGACACAAUGCACAUAGUAUUGUAUUUUUGAGAUCACCACUGGUACAAGUACUUAGCAAGAUAAUGUUAUAUACUGAUAUUUUCCAAGGAAGGUUAGCCAAACAGAAGAUUUCAGUGACCUUGUAGAUACUGAAAUCAUGGAAAUAAGAAAGAUAUCUGGCAAUUUGAGUGAUUGUCUCAGGAAAAAAUGUCAGUGUGUGACCUUUCUUUCACAAGCCUUCACCCUGAGGUACUUAUAUAAAUAUAUAUCAGAAUCGUAAUUUUCACCAAAAUAUUCAGGAGGGCAAAAUUGUACCAUUUUUUCACACCAUUUUUCUAUGUACGAGAUGUACAUUCUAUAUAUAUAUUUAUCGUUCCAAUGUCUUUAGAACUCGAUCAUUGAUGGUUGAAAUAACUGAUGAAAAAUGUACCAGUCAAAAAAUUGUUUCUCAUAUGCGUACUACCUAAAUCCGCCGCUGACGGCAUGAAUAAAGGUGUUUUAAAUGUCAUGAAGAGUAACUACAGGCAGGAAACCAGACACAGUUCCCAAACUGUCAUAUAAGUUACCUCGGGAGACCACCACUUGGACCCCUAACCCCUGCUUAUAAACCUUUCCAGAAUUGGGGCGCUGAGUGUCCGAAAUAGUGAUGUCAUAAGGGGAAACUAGGCCUUAUGGUGGAGGGACAAAGGAGAUAGUCAUGGUUGACCAACACACUUGAAUGCCUUUAAUGACGGACAAGGGGGGAAAAGUUAGUUCCAAUGCAAGCCACCAAUUUCGGGAAGCAUGUAUAGUCCCCCUUUUAUGAAAUGAAUUCUAUUCCAAGUUACCCAGUCUAUCUAUUGUGAUUACUAAUGAUUUGUUGAUCAGACAUAGUGUGCUGUUCACAAAAGACUUUCUUUUAAACCACUUCAACCAAAUCCUCAACAACUUAAGUUGGCAAGCAUUAUAUAACUACAGUAAUCAUUGACAGAUCAACAGUAUUACCCAAAGACUAGAACUGUAUCUUAGCUGAAGUUUAUCAGAAGACCAUAUUCUGUCUCAACAAGCUGGCAAUACUGUCUCUGAAACUAUGUGCAUUAUGCUGUCUCUGGAUGAGAACGUGGGUUUGGAUCAUGCGCUCUGAAAUGGUGCAUGAGAACUGUCUCUGAUGUGGUAAGCUAAGCAUUAGAAUGCAUGAUACCACUUCAAAAUGAGCAUCUCCUGUGCAAUUAGAAUGCAAAAUGUUCUUUUAUUCUUCAAUGCAGCAUCGUAUACUCCUUCUAAACAUAGCCGGUGUAUAUCUUGAUAAGAUGCAGAAGGCUUGGUGGUCAAGAUGUCAAUGCUGUGGUUUCUAUAAACUUGGUUUAAGAUACAGUUCACCAUACCUCUUGGCUGCAUCAGUGUUGCAUAAUUCUCUAACUGUCCCUCAAAAGAGGUUCAUGUGCCCAGGAAUUUCACCAGCUAUGUUCUAAAUGUUCACAGGAUCAAUAAACAAUCAAUUGUA